GAGGCAAAAAACUUUCUGAAACGUACGGUUAGUAUUGUGACAUUUCGACCGCCUGACGUGUAUUUUCCAGGCGGCCACGGUGGCAAAUGGCGUGGCGCGCCUGGCGCAGCCCGACAGCUGGCAAUCUGA